ACUCUAAAAAUAGCCCUGAGUCUAGCUAGCAACCUGGGAGACCCAUCUGAUGAUUUGUCCGUCACUCACGCUGCAGAACGAAUGGUGAGUAAAUCAGAAGCUAAUUCCCUGCGCCACCUGAUUAAUGACUCCCAGUUCUUCUCGUCUGAUCUCCACAUGCCUCACUUCCCCAUGGAGAGCGGACCCGCUGCUAGCCAAGUCCUUGUCAUGGGACCCGAUGACUUCAUUGUUGUGGUUGUAAGUUCUUUGAAUCGUCCCUUUGGCAGUGGAAUAAUAACACCCUCUGGAGUCCUCCUAAACAGUCAGAUGUUGGACUUCUCCUGGCAAAAUAAAACAAUGAACCACUCCAGUCCCAGGCCGCCAAAUCUCGUUCAGCCUCGGAAACGGCCCCUGUCUUUCCUGUUGCCCACCAUUGUGAGACCAUCUGAGGGGAUGUGUGGGACGUACCUGUGUCUGGGAGCUAACAAUGGGGACAAAGCCUUGAGCAGCAUCGUUCAGGUUUUGCUCAAUGUUUUAACAUUUAACAAGAAUUUGAGUGAAAGUUUGUCACUUGGACGACUUCACCCACAGCUGCAGUCCAACACCUUGCAGGUUGACAGUGAGUUUCCUGAAGAAGACAUUGAAUUUCUUGUAGCCAUGGGCCAUCAAGUGGAUAAAGUCAAAGUGGUCUCCCUAGUUCACGGGGCCAGGAGAACCAACAGUUUCAUCAUUGGCCUGAAGGACCCCAGGAGCGUGGAUGCUGCCGGAGCCACAAUACUGUAG